CCUUUUACCCUUGUGUGUCCGUCCGGAUUGAGCGUGCAGUGUGCGCGUGCCUCUUUCUUCCGGUCCGGAUCCGCCGCCACUGCUCCACUCACCUCACACACCGCUCAGGCUGCCGCCAUGUUGGGAGCUGCUCUCAGGCGCUGCGUGUCUUCUGGCCUUCGUAGCCUUCCUCGCUGCCGUCCUCAGCUAGCCUGCUCCCAAGUUGCUGCUCGUUGCUAUUCUCACGCCAAACAGGAGUCAGAUGAAGAGUUUGAUGCUCGUUGGGUGACCUACUUCAACAAGCCCGACAUUGAUGCCUGGGAGCUGCGAAAAGGUGUGAACACACUCAUCGGUUAUGAUUUAGUUCCAGAACCAAAAAUCCUUGAUGCUGCAUUGCGUGCUUGCAGACGGUUAAAUGACUUUGCAAGUAGUGUCCGUAUUUUGGAAGCAGUGAAGGAUAAAGCCGGACCUCAUAAGGAAAUCUACCCCUAUGUCAUUCAGGAACUCCGACCGACUUUAGAUGAGCUUGGUAUUUCCACCCCAGAAGAGCUGGGCUUGGAUAAAGCAUGAGAAGAUUAUCCAUCCAAAUGUUUUAUCAUCAAUGCUACUUGAUUGUACACAGCCAUCCAGAAAUACAAAGACGUUAACCUAUUAUCUUUAUUUGGUAAAAAUGCAACACUGCUCUUUUGAGUCCCAGUUUGUGUAAUAUUAUAUUGGGCUUAAUAAAGGGAUGUUGUUUAAGCCA